GUGCCCGUCUAUAAAGUCUCGGCAGAAAAGUUUGUCAGCUCUUGCGCAUUCCAUUCCGUCGGCUUCAAACAAGUACCUCCCUACGUCUGCUCGUGUAUUCCCCAGUCUGCAACCAUGCCGUCAGAGCUAGAGCGCGCUAUGGAGUCCCUGAUCAUGGUGUUCCACCGCUACGCCUCUAAGGAAGGGAACAGCACCUCCCUCAGCUGCCGCGAGCUCAAGGAUUUGAUGGCGAACGAGCUGUCCGGGUUUCUGAAGUCCCAGAAGGACCCUGCUGCUGUGGAGCGCAUUAUGAAGGACCUUGACUCCAACGGCGACGGGGAGGUGAACUUUGAGGAGUUCGUGUCCCUGGUGGUGGGGCUCUCCAUCGCCUGCGAGCAGUGCUACCAGCUGCAUUUGAAAAAGGGCAAGAAGUGAUGGCGAGGCGAGGAGAGAGAAUUCACUUUUGUAUUAAACGCACUGUCAAUUAAAUACAAUUACAACCCCCCAUGUUGGAA